AUGGCGGUGCAAGAUUACAUUGAUUGCAACUCGUCUGUAUCGAUACCUGCGGCCAAGCAGGAGGCACAAACCAUGCUCCAUCUGAUCGGCAUUCCCGGUCUGGCCAUCCUGCUUAUCUUCGCCUAUGUACGGGCGCAUGAAAACAAAUGGCCCGAUGGACCCAAAGGUGUACCACUGCUGGGCGUGCUCCCCGACAAGAGUCGUCACCUUCACCAUCAGCUUGCUGACCUGGUUCCAAGAUAUGGCGACUUCUUCUCGUUCAACAUGGGCCGCUCCAAAGCAAUAAUUCUCAGCAGCCCCGAAACGAUCGAAGAUCUGAUUGUAAAACGGGGCGGUAAAUACAGCUCUCGCCCGUCAUCUUCUCCAACCGCACGCAUUGUAGCGCAAGGGAGGCUUGGUCAAAUGACAUAUGGCGAUGAGUUCAGGAAACACCGCAGAGUCGUCCACGGUCUGCUUGGAAUGCAAAACAACAAAAUCUUCCUCCCGUAUCAGGAAUUCUCAGCAAGCGUCACCUUCAGUCUGCUACUUGGAGCGCGUUUUGCAGAUGCAACGUCAAUUAUUCCACACGCAUGUCAAGAUAAAAUGUACGAAAUGUUUGCAGCUGUGCGCCCUGGCCACUAUCUCGCCGAUUGGAUACCGAUUCUCGAUUACUUACCAGAUAUGUUGGCGCCCUGGAGGGCGAAAGCACAAAGGUCACUUGACCGUCUUAUGGAGUUCUGGGGUGUCUUCUACUGCUCCAUGGAGGCUAGAGUGCGGCAAGGGAAUGCACCGGAUUGUUUCGUAAAAGACUUUCUGCAAAGUCCCGAGAUCGAAACUUUCGAUGAAAUCGAGCGACGCAUGCUUAUCUCAGGUCUUCUUGCGGCCGGUGCCGAGACGACUGCAACAACUCUUCAAUGGUUCUUUAAGGCUACUCUAUUGAAUCCUGGUGCUGUCAAAGAGGCGCAGAAGGAAUUAGAUUCUGUGAUCGGUCGAGAUCGCUUGCCAGAAUGGGAAGAUCGGUCAAGCUUACCUGAGAAGGACACGUACAGAGGUAAAGAUGUGCCUGCAAAUACCACCGUCAUUUACAACACUUGGUCAAUACAUCACAACGACAUGUACUACAGAGAACAUGAGAAUUUCAUCCCUGAACGCUUUCUAUCUGAGAAAGACGACAGACACAGGCCAAAGUACGCCUUUGCUCAGAGACAUUACAAUUUCGGAGUUGGAAGGCGCGAAUGCCCUGGACAGCAUGUUGCAGAGACCAGUCUUUUCAUCAUCAUCAGCCGGCUGCUCUGGGCAUUUGAUUUUGUUGGGCCUCGACCCAGCAAUGGCACAGGUACUGCUGGCCAGGUUCCUAUCAUUGCACCUGCCGAGUUUGAGUGUACUGUUGCCCCCCGGGAUCAAAGCACGCGCGAGCGCAUCAGCAAAUUUGCAAACUUCAGAGACCCGUCUUUGGAGGAUGCAAAGCGCUAUGAGGAUGAUGUGGCAAGAAUUGUAGCGAAACACAAGGCCCAGUAA